GACCGAUUCAGAAAUCUAUAUAACUCUGUAGGCAUUAGAUAAGCCACAGAGAAUUGUAUUUAUCGAAGAACAAUGGACGAUUUACUGGCUGUUUUUAUUUUUGUAUUACCGUAUUUAACUUACACGCAAGCUUCGUGUGCAAAUGGAUGGAUAACUUUUCAAGACAAAUGCUACUUUUUCGGAAAGACAAAAGAAACGUGGUCUGGUGCAUCGGCGUUAUGUCAGUCGUUUGGCAGCAAACUGGCUGAACCAAUAACUCAGGAAGAAGUUACAUUUUUAGGCCGUGAAGCAAUGCAAAUAGGUAAUAGCGCUGACUUCUACAUCGGAAUCCAUGACAUAUUUAUGGAGGGAGAGUGGAUGUAUGCUUUCUCCAGGAAACCUGUGACGAUUAAGAUGCCCUGGGCUGGGGGAGGACCGGAUAACUUCCACGAGGAGGACUGUGUGGAGAUAGGGUCCGCUGCACAGUAUCACGGGAUGUGGGGAGAUGUGGCUUGUUCCAUCUCUCAGCACUACAUCUGUGAAUAUGAUCUGGACGUUGAACAAGGGCUGAUAAUUGGAUAACAAGGAAAUUUAACUUUUAUGUUCAUUUAAGGCAAAAUAAAAUCAUAUCUGUUGA